AUGUUUCGCCUGCGACGGAAGCGCAAGCCGCCCCACGAAUACUGGUCGUUGAAGCGCCUCAAAAAGGGAGGGACUAUCGAGGGACAAGCUGCAAGCUGUGGCUAUCUGCUUCUGAAUGAUGCCGCGGAGGAUGACUACGAACAGCGGGUGAAGGACUACCCGGACGAGAUCCUUCUGGCUCUGAAGUCCAACUUGGUGUCCGGCCGGCCUGUCUCUGAGGUUCGCGGCCCUGGCGCCCGUGGCGGCCGUCGCCCUGCUUCCAAGAAGCUACCCCCGGGCAUCCGGUCACGCGGAGGCGGGUUCUAUGUCGCCAGAGUCAUGUUCAAGGACCUCCGCAUUGUGACAGCGCGGGCGCCUAUGCACCAAGCGCUGCGAUGGCUAACUUCCCUGAGCUCCCUUCGAUGCACUGCAUGCACCCGCGCUUCCGCAAGCGCCACAGAGCCCCUGACGAUGCAUGAGCUGACCAGUGAAUUGGAAGGCACUCCUUCGCUUAGCUGCGCAUCGUUCGAGACAGUGCUAGCCAAAGGCAAACAGCGGUUUGGCACGCCUGCCACCGCCAACCUGACGCUCGCCCUGCAGUUGCGCAGCGAGCUCCUCGCCAGAGUGGAAAACACCCCCAAGCGCAGCCUCGCAAAGGUGGUUUCCACAUGGCAGACGGCUGCGAAAGCCAGGGUGCUGGCAGAGAAAGAGUCGCAGCCAGUGAAGCAGCGGAAGCUUCUGGCUGCAGUAGCGGCAGAGCGCACUAGGCGCAAGUUUCAGGUAGGGGAGCAGCUUCAGCAGAUGCUCGGUUAUCCUGGCAAUGAUCGACAUGCCGCCGCGCAGCUCAGGGACACUACGCCUGGGAUGUUCGUCAAGGUACGAGCGCUGUUGCGUCAGCUCGUGCGGCCGCGAACCAUGCAGGCGCGUCUCUUGCGGCGACCGCGUGGGAUUUUGCCGGAUGCGAUUCGCCACGUGCGUCCUCUGCAUUUUCUUUCCAUCAAAGAAGUGCUGCACGUUAGCGCCAUAUCCAUCGCCAGCUAUGACGUCGCGAUGGAGUCACUGAGGCUGCGGCUGCGCAGCUUCGUUUACGAGCCGAGCUUUCUGGACGGCCCAAAGGAAUCUCGGAGAGGACGCACGCUCACAAUGCCGGCAGCGAAGCAGGUGACCCUUUUGCUGGAAAUGCUUCGUGCGCCGCACCUGUCUCGACUCUUCUUCGAGGUGGACCUGCGGAAGGUCCCGUUUGACGUGGAGAGUAUGGGAGAGCUGCCGGGAGUCCUGACUACGAUGGGGUCCCUCUCGGUGUUGAUGCUGCGGGCGCCAUCCCAGGAAUUUCUCUCCACUGCGGCAGUGCGCAGCAUCUUCGACGCGAUGCCUGUAGGUGCCUCCUUGGAGUUCCACAAGGAUCAACGCGUGGUUUGGUUUGGAAGCAAGACAUAG